GGAAGUGGAAGAAGAAGGCGGCGGCUGAGGCGGUUCGCGAGGUUGCAGAGUAGCAGUCGGUGCCGCCAGGUGCCAUGGGCCAGGCUGAGGCGCAUUGAGGGGACGUGAGGCUGGACCAUGGCUGGCGCCCGGGCCGCCGCCGCCGCCUCGGCAGGGUCCUCAGCCUCUUCAGGCAACCCACCGCCUCAGGAGCCGGGGCUCGGGGAGCUGCUAGAAGAGUUCUCCCGGACUCAGUACCGGGCCAAGGACGGCAGCGGGACGAGCGGCUCUAAGGUUGAGCGCAUUGAGAAGAGAUGUCUGGAGCUGUUUGGCCGAGACUACUGUUUCAGCGUGAUUCCAAAUGUGAAUGGGGAUAUCUGUGGUCACUAUCCCCGACACAUCGUGUUCCUGGAGUAUGAGAGUUCUGAGAAGGAGAAAGACACGUUUCAGAGCACCGUGCAAGUGAGCAAGCUGCAAGACCUCAUCAAUCGCAGCAAGAUGGCCAGGUGCAGAGGACGGUUCGUCUGCCCAGUAAUCUUGUUCAAAGGCAAGCACAUUUGCAGGUCAGCCACGCUGGCUGGAUGGGGGGAGCUCUAUGGACGCUCUGGCUACAACUAUUUUUUCUCAGGGGGUGCAGAUGAUGCCUGGGCAGAUGUGGAGGACGUCACAGAAGAGGAUUGUGCUCUUCGAAGUGGAGACAUGCAUCUUUUUGAUAAGGUCAGAGGCUAUGACAUCAGGUUACUUCGGUACUUGUCAGUCAAGUACAUCUGUGAUCUAAUGGUGGAGAACAAGAAGGUGAAAUUUGGCAUGAAUGUAACCUCCUCCGAGAAGGUGGACAAAGCCCAGCGCUAUGCCGACUUCACUCUCCUCUCCAUCCCGUAUCCAGGCUGUGAAUUUUUCAAGGAAUAUAAGGAUCGGGAUUACAUGGCUGAAGGGCUCAUAUUUAACUGGAAACAGGACUACGUCGAUGCCCCCUUGAGCAUCCCCGAUUUCCUGACUCACCCUCUGAAUAUUGACUGGAGCCUGUAUCAGAGUUGGGACCUGGUGCAACAGACACAAAACUACCUGAAAUUGCUGCUCUCCAUAGUCAAUAGCGAUGAUGACAGCGGGCUGCUGGUGCACUGUAUCUCAGGCUGGGAUCGGACCCCCCUCUUCAUCUCUCUCCUGCGCCUUUCCUUGUGGGCUGAUGGGCUCAUCCACACGUCUCUGAAGCCUGCUGAGAUCCUCUACCUAACUGUGGCCUAUGACUGGUUCCUCUUUGGGCACAUGUUGGUAGAUCGGCUCAGCAAAGGAGAGGAGAUUUUCUUCUUCUGCUUCAAUUUUUUGAAGCAUAUCACCUCCGAGGAGUUCUCUGCUCUGAAGACCCAAAGGAGGAAGAGUUUGCCAGCCCGGGACGCAGGCUUCACUGUGGAAGACAUCUGCAUGCUGAGACGAAGGGACCGUGGCAGCACCACCAGCCUUGGCAGUGACUUCUCCCUAGUCAUGGAGAGCUCCCCAGGAGCCGCAGGGAGCUUCACCUAUGAGGCCAUGGAGCUGAUUCCGGCAGGAGCACAGACUCAGGCAGCUUGGAGGAAGAAUCACUCGUCCUCUCCACAGAGUGUGCUCUGGAACCGGCCACAGCCCUCCGAGGACCGCCUGCCUUCCCACCCGGGGCUGGUUGAAGCCAAGUCUUCCAGCUCCUCGUCUUCAAACCAUUCUGACAACUUCUUCAGGAUGGGUAGCAGUCCACUGGAAGUCCCCAAACCCAGAUCAGUGGACCAUCCCCUGCCCGGAUCCUCUCUCUCCACAGACUUUGGCAGCUGGCAGAUGGUAACGGGCUGUGGCAGUAUUCAGGAACGGGCUGUCCUGCACACAGACUCCUCUCUCCCUUUCAGCUUCCCGGAUGAGCUCCCUAACAGUUGUCUGCUUGCAGCUCUGAGUGCCCGGGAGACGCGGCUGCAGGAGGUGCGUUCAGCCUUCUUGGCCGCAUACAGCAGCACAGUGGGGCUUCGGGCAGCAGCCCCCAGUCCCUCUGGGGCCAUUGGGGGCCUGCUGGAACAGUUUGCCCGUGGUGUGGGACUGCGGGGCACCAGCACCAACACCCUGUGAAGCAGCCAGCCCACACGUUUCCUGCUCCUCUCUCAGCUGAGCCCUUAGUGGAAUCAAAGCCAUGCCUGGCCAAGGGGUCCUGUGAGGUUGGGGGAAAAUCUCACACCCCCUCUCCAUCACAUGCACAGCAGUCCCAAAACUGAGCAGGGCCAAGGAAAGGGUUUUCCAGCUCUCAGCUACCUGACAUGACCACCACCCCAUCUAGUCACUGCCUCCCACCCACCAGGUCUUGGCCAGGAUUCCCAUCAACUCUGCGUGGGUCUCCCUGGGACCUGUGGAGGCCAUGACUUCAUAGGGGAUCCCACCCCAAGUUGUCCCCUGGGGAGGAGGGGCCACCUGCACUGAGAAUGAGGCUAUUUGACACAGAUCACAAAAUAAAAUCAGAGUCUUUGAACAGCC